ACCCCAGUGCAGUCCUCCCGGGAGGGGACUCCGUGGGGGUCCCUGGGAGCUGGCCUCCCUCCCAGUGGGCCGGGAGCCACAGCCAGUCCUCCUAACCAGGGUCGCCGAGAAGUUCGGGGGGAAGUGGGGACUUCCGGGUGAAACCGAAACGUAAACUGAAGCGCCAGGCGGGCAGGAAGGCUCCCACUGGGCGGGAGCCGGCGGCGGCGAAGGGCCGACCCAGGCCCUACCCCAGCAGCUGGGGCAAGGCCCGGCUCCAAGGCAGGCGGCCCCCGAGACAGAGACCGAGCUGCGGAAGGCAGGACCAAGGUCACGGGGCAGUUUGCUGGGGAGCCCCCAGGUCCAGGUGGUGAAAGCGCGCUGGGUAUUUUCCCGGGUAACCUGGCGCCAUCUGGAGCUGCCAUUGCCAGGAAGCCCUCUCUGAGUUCCUCGGGAGAGCAGGAUAGCCAGGGGAAAAGGAAAAUCACAGAACCAGCAUUUGCAGGACUGAGGAUGCUGUGCUGUUGUUCCAUGAGCUGGUCACCGAGUCUGGCUACCACUGCCCCUUCUGAGCCUCUGGCUGCCUGGAAGCUCUGCUGUGCUACUUGCAAAGUAGCCUCUGAUGCUAUGGAGACAGGGGCUUCUGGAUAGCAUGGAGGGAAGGGCCUCAGCAUCCUACACGCCCAGGUUGGGAUCCCAGCUCUGCCGCUUCAGGCUGUGCCCCUGCCCUGCUCUGAAAAAUGGCAGUAACUGGAGAGUCUUACAUCAAGAUGAAGUGUGUCUUGGUGGCCACUGAGGGCGCAGAGGUUCUCUUCUACUGGACAGAUGAAGAGUUUAAAGAGAGUCUCCAGCUGAAGUUUGGGCAAUCAGAGAAUGAGGAAGAAGAGCGUCCUGCCCUGGAGGACCAGCUCAGCACCCUCUUGGCCCCAGUCAUCAUCUCCUCCAUGACAAUGCUAGAGAAACUCUCAGACACAUACACCUGCUUCUCAACAGAAAAUGACAACUCCCUGUAUGUCCUUCACCUGUUUGGAGAAUGCCUGUUCAUCGCCAUCAAUGGAGACCACACUGAGAGCGAGGGAGAUCUUCGGCGGAAGCUCUGUGUGCUCAAGUACCUGUUUGAGGUGCACUUUGGACUGGUUACAAUGGAUGGCCAGCUCAUCCGAAAGGAGCUGCGGCCCCCUGACCUGGAGCAGCGUGUCCGGGUGUGGGAGCACUUCCAGAGCCUGCUGUGGACCUACAGCCGCCUACGGGAGCAGGAGCAGAGCUUCGCUGUGGAGGCUGUGGAGCGACUGAUUCACCCCCAGCUCUGUGAGCUGAGCAUAGAGGCGCUGGAGCGGCAUGUCAUCCAGGCUGUCAACUCCAGCCCAGAGCGGGGCGGUGAGGAGGCCCUGCAUGCCUUCCUGCUAGUGCACUGCAAGCUGCUGGCCUUCUACUCCAGCCAUGGUGCAAGUUCCCUGCGGCCGGCCGACCUCCUCGCCCUCAUCCUCCUGGUGCAGGACCUCCACCCCAGUGAGAGCACAGCAGAGGACGACGAUGAUGGCCAGCCUUCCCCAGGGAGGAGGCCCGGCAGAAGCCAGAACAUCCCUGUGCAGCAGGCCCGGAGCCCACGUGCCUCGGGCCCAACCAAAGGGAGUUCUGCGGAGACGGACACAGACAGCUUCUCCCUCACUGAAGAGUACUUCACACCAGCUCCUUCCCCUGGCCAGCAGAGCUCAGGUAGCACCAUCUGGCUGGAAGGGGGCACCCCCCCAACUGAUGUUCCUCAGAUAGCUGAGGACACCCUCCAGACACGGGUUCCUCACUCCCCAGCACCAUCUAGCCCCAAGAGGAUCUUCCUGGACGCCAGUGUGAAAGAAAUCUACUGCCCUUUGGUACCCCAUACCAUGUAUUGCCUACCCCUGUGGCCGGGCAUCAACAUGGUGCUCUUGACCAAGAGCCCUAGCACCCCGCUGGCCCUGGUCCUGUACCAACUGCUGGAUGGUCUUUCCCUGGUGGAGAAGAAGCUGAAGGAGGGCCAGGAGGCUGGCAGUGCCCUGCGGUCCCAGCCCCUCCUAGGAGACCUGCGCCAGAGGAUGGACAAAUUCAUCAAGAAUCGAGGGGGACAGGAGAUUCAGAGCACUUGGCUGGAGUUUAAGACCAAGGCCUUCUCCAAAAGUGAACUGGGAUCAUCCUGGGAGCUGCUCCAGGUGUGUGGGAAGCUGAAGCGGCAGCUCUGCACCAUCUACCGUCUGAGCUUCCUGACCACAGCGCCCAGCAGGGGAGGCCCACACCUGCCCCAGCACCUGCUGGACCAAGUUCAGAAGCUCAUGCGGGAGAGACUGAUGGACUGGAAGGACUUCCUGUUGGUGAAGAGCAGGAGGAACAUCACCAUGGUGUCCUACCUGGAGGACUUCCCAGGCUUGGUGCAUUUCAUCUAUGUGGACCGAACAACUGGGCAGAUGGUGGCUCCUUCCCUUAGCAGCAGUGAAAAGACUUCAUCGGAAUUGGGCAAGGGGCCCCUGGCCACCUUCGUCAAAGCCAAGGUCUGGGCUCUGAUCCGGCUGGCGCGCCAAUACCUGCAGAAGGGCUACACCACACUGCUGUUCCACGAGGGGGACUUCUGCUUCUCCUACUUCCUGUGGUUCGAGAACGAUAUGGGCUACAAGCUGCAGAUGAUCGAGGUGCCUGUCCUCUCUGAUGACUCGGUCCCCAUUGGUGUGCUGGGCGGUGACUACUACAGGAAGCUCCUGCGCUACUACAGCAAGAGUCACCCUGCUGAGGCUGUCAGGUGCUAUGAGCUACUGACCCUGCACCUGUCAGUCAUCCCCACCAGCCUGCUGGUGCAGCAGGCCAGCCAGCUGGCCCGGCGCCUGGGAGAGGCCUCCCGGGUCCCCCUGCCCUAGGCCAGGUUGCAGGCUGCCUGUGCACCUGUUCUCCAGCCACUCCUGCUUGCCAAAGUGCCCCACCCCAUAGCGGGAACUCUUCUUCUGUCCCCAGUGGCCUCCUCAGGACGUGUGGAGGCCCCAAGGCUUAUCAUACCCCACUGGGACCACCCUCCACAUGGGGUAAUGAACAAACACACAUUGGGCUUUCUCUUUAAAACAGUGGCCGUGAGGUCAGAGAUGACAGCAGGUCCUCUUUCAGAGCUGCCUCCCCAUUUGUCCCCAGAAGAGAGGGAGGAAGACACCCCCCCACCUCCUGCUGUUCUGAGCAGAGGGGGUGGUUUUCUGCCCCAGAUAAAAAGGUGCUCCAUCGGCUGAGUUCCAGCUCUGCAGCUCCCUCUGUGACUGGAGGCAUUUCAACUGCCAACCCUGUUUCUCCAUAUUUAAAGUAAUGACACUCCCCUCUCAGGGUGGCUGGGAGGAUCACCCAGCACAUAGUAGGUGCUUAAUAAAUGUCAGUUACUGUCAUCAUCCAAGCCCAGCAUACCUGUGCUUCUGGACUCUUGUUAACACUGCAAAACCCUUGCUAGGGUCGGCCCCUCCGUGCCAGGCUUGCUUCUGCCCUCGGUCUGUAAUUCUGAGCCCCAGACCCUGGUCCAGAGAUUCAGAUUCAUGUGCUCAGCGUAAAGCCCAGACUCUGAUGUUUCUAGAAGCUCCUCUGGCAAUCUGGUGUGCUCCAAACUGAGUCCACUUCCCAGGGGUACAGUCCCUCUAACCAAGAGGUUUCUACCACAGGAUGGACACCAGGAUAAAGACUGUCAAGAGUGCUGGGACACAGGUGUGGGCUCCUCCCAGGCUAGGAGGAGGUGCUGGGUUGAGAGAAGUGGCAGGGCAGAAAUAAGCAUCCACCCCAGAAGGAAUGGACGUCCUGGUGUGCACACAGGAGCCUGACCUGCUGCAUCUCAGUCCUGGGCAGAAACCCACGUGAAGAAGAUCGGUCUUUCCCUUGCAGGGAAGAGCUCCGGGAGGACAGAGGUACUGAAGGCUAGAGUCCUUAGCAGGAGGCAGUGAGGACAGUGUCCCCCGAGACAACCUGAUCUCUUCCUUCUUAAUAUCAUGAUUUUAUGGGUGGAAAUUUAAAAGAAAAAUAUCAAAUGUGGAAAACACAGAAGAGCACAGAGGAAAAAGAACUUAGCCUAUAAGCCCAGCACUGUUUAAGGCACCUACAUUUUUUUUUUUUUUUAAUUAAUGUUUUCCCUAGAUUUUUAGCCUCUGUGUGAUGUGAAGUAUCUAGUUUAACCAGUUUCUGGACUCUUCUAUACAGUCAUCCCGAGUAUCCACAGGGGAUUGGUUGUGGAUACCAAAAUCUACAGACGCCCAAGUUCCUUAGCAGUAUUUGCUUGUAACUUAUAUUCUCCCCUCCACUUUAAAUCAUUUCUAGAUUACUUACAAUACCCAAUACUAUGUAAAUGCAAUGUAAAUAGUUGUUAUACUUUGUUGC